AUCGCCUUGGAAACGAGUUGUUUAUUAUGUUAGCCGUGAGCUAAUACCCGCGCGCUUCAUCUAGCUGUCUUUCGAUGUGUAUCGGUAGAUCGUGCUGAUUUGACACUUUAAGCAAAUGUUUUAAACCUCAAUUUAUUCUUUUUAUUAUACACAAUAUAAAUGCCAAACUGUUGUUUUAGUAGCUAGCUUGCUAGCUAGCUUAGGAAAAAUAAGCCUCUAGUCAAAAUUUUCUAUACUUAAAUGCGUUCAAGAUGAAAAUAUUAUUAAUUGGACCAAGCGAGUGUGGGAAAACAGCAUUGGCCAAUUUUCUGUCUGACACCACAGAAACUAUCGGAGCGGACUACAGCCCUACACAAGGAGUAAGGAUACUUGAGUUUGAAUCACACAAUUUAUCUAAUGGCAACAAAAAUUCUUCAUGUGAAGUGGAACUAUGGGAUUGUGCGGGCGAUUUCAAGUUUGAAUCGUGCUGGCCAGCUCUGAUGAAAGACUCCAAUGGAGUAGUUAUUGUGUUUAACCCAGAUGUGCCCAGUCAUCUCAAGGAAGUAGAGACCUGGUACUCUACAUUUAUCUCCUCACAGGGUCUACAGGAGGCCCAGUGUCUGCUCAUAGCACAUCACAAACCAGGGAGCGGGGCUGACACUACCCGUCCAUCGUUAGCCCCACAGUUAAACAAGUUGCCGCUCAUUCACUCAAACCUCGAGGAAGAACCUGAAGAUGUCCGACAGGAGUUUCACAAAUACUUGGGAAAUGUUAUGAGGAUGCUAUCAGAAAAUCAGGAGCGAGAAGAAAUGUCAAUUAUUACCUAAUUUUGUAUAUAAAUUUUUCGUUCCACUUUUGUACCCCCCUCCCCUCCACAAUUGCAUUAAAAAUCACUUUGACCUGGUAAAACUA